AUGAAUGUGUUCAAAAGUAAUUCCAUUGCUCUAGUUAUAUUAUAUAGUUGCAAAUACCAGCAGGGGCCACUUAUGAAGAAAAACUCAUCUAGUGUUGAAGACAAACUAAAAGUAGCAAGUGAAGUCAUGGAAGGAGGUGGCUCAAAUAAUAGAGAUAUAGGGCCAAAGUUGUCGCAGUUGGAAGUGUUACAAAAAGUGCAUGAUGAAAAAAACUCGAGAAUUGAAGAGUUGAAGAAACAGAUUGAGUCAACAAAGCAGCGUUUGGAAAAGAAAGAGAUGACAGGAGACAAAAUGGGAAGCUUCAAUGCCUUAAGCAACAAGUAUAACAGUUUGAGGGAGGAAUACAACAAAAUGCUAACUGAAAAAUCAAGAGAAUCAAUUUAG